AUGGCACAACUCAAUACCAAGGUGAUUCUCUCAGACAUCUAUCUUAGGCCCUUCAAAGAAUCUGAUCUUGAAGACUACAUGAUCUUCAUGAGUGAUGAUAAGGUGAGCCAAUUCUGCCGCUGGAAUACCAUGUGUAAAGAAGAAGCUUUCAAUGAACUGAUGUAUGCUAUCUACACCCACCCUUGGUACAGGGCGAUCUGCGUAAAAGACAUGCCCAUCGGAUACAUAUUGGUUAAGCAAGGCGAAGGAAAUGAUCGAUGCCGAGGCGAAAUCGGGUAUGUUCUAGGCUCAGCAUAUUGGGGACAAGGAAUUAUUACACAUGCUGUGAAGAUGGUGAUCUCUUCAAUAUUUAGUGAGUCGCAAGGUUUGGAGAGACUUGACGCUCUGAUAGAUGUGGAGAACUUGAGAUCUCAAAGGUUGGUUGAUAAGAUUGGGUUCAUUAGAGAGGGUGUUUUGAGGAAGUAUAGGAUUCACAAAGGGAGGAGCAGGGACAUGGUCAUCUAUAGCCUUCUCAACAGCGAUAGUACUGUACAUGGCUAA